UUGUGUAGGGCCUUCAGGGACUGUGGGUUUUUAAAUUGUGGAAGAAGAGAACCGCCUAGGUACCUCAUCAGUUAUCAUUCUGUGGGAAAGCUCCACAGGGCUGCCAGCGCAGGCGCUGUAGCUCUAGUGGAGCAUUUCCCCACUUCGUCAGAAUAUCACGUGGAUCUAACGGACAAGAAAGACAGGACUGCCCUGCAUUACGCCUCUACCCACAACCAUCCCGGUGUGGUGUGUCUCCUCGUAGUGAAGAAACACUGCAAAAUAAAUGCCUGGGAUGACGAGUUGAGCACACCCCUGAUUAAGGCUGUGCAGCGGGAAAAUGAGGGCUGUGUGUCUAUUUUAUUAAAGAAUGGAGCUGAUCCACAUGCUGUGGCUAUAUAUGGUAAUAAUGCGCUACACUAUGCUGUAGUUAGUGGGAACAUUUCUAUUGCUGAACAAUUGCUCAACUUCAGCGCAGAUAUAGAAGGCCGAACGAAGCAUGGAUUCACACCAUUUAUGCUGUCUCUACGUCAAAAGCAAGAGAAGAUGGCCGAAUUUUUAAAACUCAAGGGUGCGGAUGUCCAUGUGGUGGUUCAGUGCAGAAGGGAGGCAACGGGUUCAAUACCAAUCCAUAAUUCUGUGAAGAUUGGCACAGUAGAUGACAGUCCAUCAGCCAAUGUUUCACCUCGUGAAAUGAAACCUGAAAAACAGUGAAAAUCAGUAUGGAAAAAGUC